AUGGCUGCUGCAUUAAACACCAUGCUGCAUGAUGCUUCUUCUUCGUCCUCUUACCGGUGUAGCUAUCAUGCAUUCUUGAGUUUCAGAGGCGAAGAUACUCGCAAGGGCUUCACUGAUCACCUUUAUAGGGCUUUGGAGCUGGCAGGAAUCCACACGUUUAGAGACGAUGAUGAAAUCGAGAGAGGAGCAGAUAUUGCAGCAGAGUUGAACAAAGCAAUAAAUGAGUCGAAAGUAUCGAUAAUCGUCUUCUCCCAAAACUAUGCUUCCUCAAGGUGGUGCUUGGACGAACUGGUGAAGAUAAUGGAACGUAGAAAACAUGAUGAUGGCCAUAUUGUUAUGCCGGUUUUCUAUCAUGUGGAUCCAUCCCAUGUCAGGAACCAGAGAGGGAGCUUUGCAGAAGCAUUUUCUAGACAUGAAGAGCGCUUCAAGGAGGAGAUGAACAAGGUGGAGGAAUGGAGAAGAGCGCUUAAAGAUGCUGCAGAUCUGGCAGGGAUGGCUUUAAAAGAUAGGUAUGAGUCGCAGUUUAUCCAAGACAUUGUUAAAGAGAUUGGAAAUAAGCUGGAUCCGAAGGUAUUGAAUGUUGCUCCCUAUGCUGUUGGAAUAGAUGAUCGUGUGCAAGGCAUAAACAUGUGGUUAGAAGAUGGAUCAAAUGCUGUUGGUGUAGCUGUGAUCUAUGGGAUGGGAGGAAUUGGAAAGACCACCAUUGCCAAAGCAGCUUAUAACCGCAACUUUGGAAGAUUUCAAGGCAGCAGCUUUCUUGCAGAUAUUAGAGAAGCUGCAGAACAGCCCAAUGGUUUUGUUCGCUUGCAAAGGAAACUUCUUUCGGAUAUCCAAAAGGGGAAAGCAAAGAAAAUAGACAACAUAGAUGAAGGAAUAAUCAAGAUCAAACACGCUGUAUCUAACAAAAGACUUCUUAUUGUUCUCGAUGAUGUGAACGACUUGGAUCAAUUUAAUGCAAUUCUUGGAAUGAGAGAAUGGUUUUAUUCAGGAAGUAAAAUUAUCAUAACAACCAGACAUGAACAUUUGUUAAAAGCUCAUGAAGGUUGCACAAAGUUUGAGGUUGAAGAAUUGAAUGAGUAUGAAUCACUUGAGCUUUUCAGUUGGCAUGCCUUCGGACAACCCCAGCCUAUCGAAGGCUACACAGAACUUUCGAGACCUGCAGUAGAACAUUGUGGAGGGAUUCCAUUAGCUCUUCAAGUUCUGGGAUCUUCUUUAUCCGGGAAAGAAGUAGCCGUAUGGCGUAGCGCAUUACAGAAGUUAUGUGAAAUUCCUAAUGUCAAGAUUCAAAAAAUUCUUAGAAUAAGCUAUGAUUCUCUGCAAGAUGAUCAUGACCAAAAUAUAUUCCUCCAUAUAGCCUAUUUCUUCAUUGGAAAGGAGAAGGAUUUUACAAUUACAAUACUGGACAACCUUAAUUUUUACACAAGGAUUGGAAUUCAAAAUCUAGUUGACAGAUGUCUAGUAAAAAUUAACAAUGAAGACAACAGGUUGAACAUGCAUCACUUACUUAGAGACAUGGGGAGGGGAAUUGUUCGCGAAGAAUCACCUCACCAGGGAAGACGUAGUAGAGUGUGGCAUAAAGAUGCCUUUAAUAUUCUGAGAAACAUGACCGGUACAGAAAUUAUUAAGGGCCUAAUGCUCAACCUUCCUAAGUUGAUGGAAGAUGAGUCUUGCAAGACAUUGUUUAGUAGAAGUAACAAAAAACGAUCUCAUGUUGAAGAUUAUGAUGGAAGUUUUUCAAGACGUCGUCGACUUGAUUUCUUCUCUUGGAAAUCCAUUGCAAGUAACUUUUCCUCAACAAAAUCAGCUCCUGCAUCAAAUGAGGUGGACUUCAAAACAGAGGCAUUUACAAGGAUGAACAAUCUUGAGCUUCUCCAGCUAUAUAAUGUAAAAACCAGCGGAGGUUUUGAAGAUUUUCCCAAAAACUUGGCAUGGUUGUCUUGGCGAGGAUUUCCUUUGAAAUCACUACCAUCCAAUUUUUGUUUGGAAAAUCUAGUUGUUCUUGACUUGCGGAAUAGCAAUCUGCAACAUGUUUGGAAGGGACACAGGUUUCUUCCAAGGCUGAAAACACUCAACCUCAGCCAUUCACAUAGCCUAACGACAACCCCUGACAUGUCAGGCCUCCCUAAGCUUGAGAGAUUAAUUCUUAAAGAUUGCAUAAACUUGGUUGAGGUUAAUGAGUCCAUUGGAGACUUAGAGAACCUUGUUCACUUGAACCUAAGAGACUGCAAAAAUCUGAUGAAGCUUCCGGCAAGUAUUAGAAGUUUGGGAUCUCUUCAGGACCUCAUUCUUUCGGGUUGCUCAAAACUUGAGCUUCAUUCCAACACAAAUGCAACAAAUCAGGUAGACUCCACGGUUGGUGCUAUGAAGAAAUUCAAUCUGUUAUCAACUAAGUUAUGGCAAUCGAUCGAGUCGUGGAUAUUGCCAAGAAAAAAUCUUGUAUCUUUCUCAUUGGCAAGUUUACCACAUUCAUUAGAAAGGCUAAGUCUUGCUCACUGCAAUGUAGCAGAGAUUCCAAGUGAACUUGGUGCCCUAUCGUCAUUGAAGCAUUUGGAUCUAUCUGCAACCCCAAUUCUGAACCUACCAGGAAACAUGAAGGGUCUUAUUAUGCUCCAGACUCUGUUGGUAGAAGGUUGCGCAAAGCUCCAAGCGCUUCCAGAGCUCCCAGCCAGUUUAAACUCACUGGAAGCAGGUCAUUGCACAUCAUUGAAAAAAGUAACAAAUUUACCAAACAUUUUCACGUCAAUGAGUAAAAAUCUUUGGGAUUGCAAUGAAUUAGUUGAAGUAGAAAGCUUGUUCGAAAUGAAACCAUUGAGAAAUGCUGACAUAGAAAUGAUUAAAAAUUUGGGAUUGUUCAAUUUGGAAUCCAACGAAGCCUCCGAUGUCAAAAUGAUCAACUACUUGACAAAUACAACCAAGAAGUGUCGCCUUCAGGGAUUGAACGAAUGCGGCAUAUUUAGCACCUUCCUUCCUGGGAACAAGAUUCCAGAUUGGUUCAGCUACAAGAGCUUGUGUAACUCCGUGUUGUCGAUUGUUGUACCUUCACAUCUUAAUCUCAAGAUCCGAGGCUUAAACGCAUGCGUUUUAUACGCACGACGCCCCGAUCACAAGGAUGGUCCACAUGUUUUCAGUGAACACUUUGUUAAAGUGAGCAAUGAGACCAAGGGUCUUAUGUGGACGUACUCCCCUGUGGCAAUGGGCCUUCCCAGAGAAAACCAAGACAUGUUAUGGCUAAGCCACUGGGUUUUCGGGGACAAUGAACUGGAAAGCGGGGAUGAAAUACGCAUUUCAGUCAAGUCCGGUUUGUGGGCAAAGGAGUUCGGGAUCCAACUUGUGCAUGAAGAAGAAAAUAAGGGCGAGGAUGCUGGAUCAAAAAGUGAAGGUAUAAUAACACUUCCUUGGAACCAGAAUGUUGAUGUGCCAGUCUCAGUUUCAGCAUCAAUGUAUGAGAUGUGGAGGGGCAAAUACUUUCUAUGCAACCACAGGUAUCGAACUCAUCAAGCUCAAUUCAGAAGGUGCCAGGAGAAUCCAGCUUAUGGUGAUUUUUCAUACAAGCCAGGGGCCUCCUUUCAUUUGAACCGUUACUUGUUUAACCACGAGGUUGAUAUACAAGAGACCCAAAUGCAGUUUGUUAGAAAAUAA